AUGAUUCGGUCGCUUUAUUCGUUGCUGCUACUAGUGGCUCCCCUCGUUCUUGCGUUGGGCGGGUCCACUACUACAACUGUUAGUCCCGUGCCAGAUCGAUUGGCACGUAGGGAUAGAAUUGAGAUCCAAAACGUCCAAGACGCUUGUGCAGGUCGAAGCUUUUUGAAUAGUGUUAGUAUUCUCCAACAAAACAUGGAUGUUACCGAUGUUUCCUACCUAGGGAAUAACACUUAUAACGUGACUAUUCAUGUUACUGGUUCAAGCACUAUUGCUUCUAAUCUCUUGCAAAGUUUGGCUAUCACCAACAUCGAUGGUCCGGAGAACCAAGUUACUUUGUACAGCACUGACUCUGCGGGUUUGUUAAAUACGGUUUCUCCAACGGACUAUACUGCUACUUUUGAGUCUUAUGGUGUUCAACAAGGUAAUGAAAUCUGGUUACCAGCUUUCCAAUUGACAUAUACCUAUAGCAAUGGUUUACCUGAUCCCUUGGCUGCUAGUAACUCCUAUAAUUUGGCGGCUGGUUGUCCAGCUGUGGAUUCUUCUCUCGCAGGUUAUCACUGGAGAAAUCCAGAUUCACCUGUUAGCUCCACGACUUCUAGCAGCUCCUCAUCAACUAGCUCCAGUGCUCCUCCAUCUGGCUCUAGUAUCCCACCAAGUACUUCCUCAAGCGCAUCAUCUACUAGUGGUUCCAGCAGUGCUCCAGGCACUUCUUCAACAGGUUCAACAUCUGCUCCAAGCGGCAGCGGUAACUCUGGUGCCUCUGGUGCCUCUGGUGCUUCCGGUGCAUCAUCUUCUGAAGCAAGCGGCAGCGGUAACUCUGCUACCUCUGGUGCCUCUGGUGCUUCCGGUGCAUCUUCCUCUGCUCCAACCAGUACUUCCGGUGCUUCAUCUUCUGAAGCAAGCGGCAGCGGUAACUCUGCUACUUCUGGUGCAACUGGUGCUUCAUCAACUAGCUCCAGUGCUCCUCCAUCUGGAUCUAGUGCUUCAUCUGCUCCAAGCAGUGGUGCUUCCGGUGCUUCCGGCGCAUCUUCCUCUGCUCCAACCAGUACUUCCGGUGCUUCAUCUUCUGAAGCAAGCGGCAGCGGUAACUCUGCUACCUCUGGUGCCUCUGGUGCCUCUGGUGCUUCCGGCGCAUCUUCCUCUGCUCCAACCAGUACUUCCGGUGCUUCAUCUUCUGAAGCAAGCGGCAGCGGUAACUCUGCUACCUCUGGUGCCUCUGGUGCCUCUGGUGCUUCCGGCGCAUCUUCCUCUGCUCCAACCAGUACUUCCGGUGCUUCAUCUUCUGAAGCAAGCGGCAGCGGUAACUCUGCUACCUCUGGUGCCUCUGGUGCCUCUGGUGCUUCCGGCGCAUCUUCCUCUGCUCCAACCAGUACUUCCGGUGCUUCAUCUUCUGAAGCAAGCGGCAGCGGUAACUCUGCUACCUCUGGUGCCUCUGGUGCCUCUGGUGCUUCCGGCGCAUCUUCCUCUGCUCCAAGCAGUGGUGCUUCCGGUGCUUCAUCUUCCGAAGCAAGCGGCAGUGGUAACUCUGCUACCUCUGGAAUUGUCAGUGCUUCAUCUGCUCCAAGCGGCAAUGGUAACUCUGCUACCUCUGGUGCCUCUGGUGCCUCUGGUGCCUCUGGUGCUUCCGGCGCAUCUUCCUCUGCUCCAACCAGUACUUCCGGUGCUUCAUCUUCUGAAGCAAGCGGCAGCGGUAACUCUGCUACUUCUGGUGCAACUGGUGCUUCAUCAACUAGCUCCAGUGCUCCUCCAUCUGGAUCUAAUGUUCCACCAAGUACUUCCUCAAGCGCUUCAUCUACUAGUACUUCCAGCAGUGAUCCAAGUAGUUCAUCAACCAGUUCAUCAACCGAGAUCCAAGACGUUGAAGAUGCUUGCCCAGGUCGAAGCUUUUUGAAUAGUGUUAGUAUUCUCCAACAAAACAUGGAUGUUACCGAUGUUUCCUACCUAGGGAAUAACACUUAUAACGUGACUAUUCAUGUUACUGGUUCAAGCACUAUUGCUUCUAAUCUCUUGCAAAGUUUGGCUAUCACCAACAUCGAUGGUCCGGAGAACCAAGUUACUUUGUACAGCACUGACUCUGCGGGUUUGUUAAAUACGGUUUCUCCAACGGACUAUACUGCUACUUUUGAGUCUUAUGGUGUUCAACAAGGUAAUGAAAUCUGGUUACCAGCUUUCCAAUUGACAUAUACCUAUAGCAAUGGUUUACCUGAUCCCUUGGCUGCUAGUAACUCCUAUAAUUUGGCGGCUGGUUGUCCAGCUGUGGAUUCUUCUCUCGCAGGUUAUCACUGGAGAAAUCCAGAUUCACCUGUUAGCUCCACGACUUCUAGCAGCUCCUCAUCAACUAGCUCCAGUGCUCCUCCAUCUGGCUCUAGUAUCCCACCAAGUACUUCCUCAAGCGCAUCAUCUACUAGUGGUUCCAGCAGUGCUCCAGGCACUUCUUCAACAGGUUCACCAUCUGCUCCAAGCGGCAGCGGUAACUCUGGUGCCUCUGGUGCCUCUGGUGCUUCCGGUGCAUCAUCUUCUGAAGCAAGCGGCAGCGGUAACUCUGCUACCUCUGGUGCCUCUGGUGCCUCUGGUGCUUCCGGUGCCUCUGGUGCUUCAUCUGCUCCAAGCAGUGGUGCUUCCGGUGCUUCCGGCGCAUCUUCCUCUGCUCCAACCAGUACUUCCGGUGCUUCAUCUUCUGAAGCAAGCGGCAGCGGUAACUCUGCUACCUCUGGUGCCUCUGGUGCUUCCGGUGCCUCUGGUGCUUCAUCUGCUCCAAGCAGUGGUGCUUCCGGUGCUUCCGGCGCAUCUUCCUCUGCUCCAACCAGUACUUCCGGUGCUUCAUCUUCUGAAGCAAGCGGCAGUGGUAACUCUGCUACCUCUGGAAUUGUCAGUGCUUCAUCUGCUCCAAGCGGCAAUGGUAACUCUGCUACCUCUGGUGCCUCUGGUGCCUCUGGUGCUUCCGGCGCAUCUUCCUCUGCUCCAACCAGUACUUCCGGUGCUUCAUCUUCUGAAGCAAGCGGCAGCGGUAACUCUGCUACUUCUGGUGCAACUGGUGCUUCAUCAACUAGCUCCAGUGCUCCUCCAUCUGGAUCUAGUGCUUCAUCUGCUCCAAGCAGUGGUGCUUCCGGUGCUUCCGGCGCAUCUUCCUCUGCUCCAACCAGUACUUCCGGUGCUUCAUCUUCUGAAGCAAGCGGCAGCGGUAACUCUGCUACCUCUGGUGCCUCUGGUGCCUCUGGUGCUUCCGGCGCAUCUUCCUCUGCUCCAAGCAGUGGUGCUUCCGGUGCUUCAUCUUCCGAAGCAAGCGGCAGUGGUAACUCUGCUACCUCUGGAAUUGUCAGUGCUUCAUCUGCUCCAAGCGGCAAUGGUAACUCUGCUACCUCUGGUGCCUCUGGUGCUUCCGGUGCAUCUUCCUCUGCUCCAACCAGUACUUCCGGUGCUUCAUCUUCUGAAGCAAGCGGCAGCGGUAACUCUGCUACCUCUGGUGCUUCCGGUGCCUCUGGUGCUUCCGGCGCAUCUUCCUCUGCUCCAACCAGUACUUCCGGUGCUUCAUCUUCUGAAGCAAGCGGCAGCGGUAACUCUGCUACUUCUGGUGCAACUGGUGCUUCAUCAACUAGCUCCAGUGCUCCUCCAUCUGGAUCUAGUGCUUCAUCUGCUCCAAGCAGUGGUGCUUCCGGUGCUUCCGGCGCAUCUUCCUCUGCUCCAACCAGUACUUCCGGUGCUUCAUCUUCUGAAGCAAGCGGCAGCGGUAACUCUGCUACCUCUGGUGCCUCUGGUGCCUCUGGUGCUUCCGGCGCAUCUUCCUCUGCUCCAACCAGUACUUCCGGUGCUUCAUCUUCUGAAGCAAGCGGCAGCGGUAACUCUGCUACCUCUGGUGCCUCUGGUGCCUCUGGUGCUUCCGGCGCAUCUUCCUCUGCUCCAACCAGUACUUCCGGUGCUUCAUCUUCUGAAGCAAGCGGCAGCGGUAACUCUGCUACCUCUGGUGCCUCUGGUGCCUCUGGUGCUUCCGGCGCAUCUUCCUCUGCUCCAACCAGUACUUCCGGUGCUUCAUCUUCUGAAGCAAGCGGCAGCGGUAACUCUGCUACCUCUGGUGCCUCUGGUGCCUCUGGUGCUUCCGGCGCAUCUUCCUCUGCUCCAACCAGUACUUCCGGUGCUUCAUCUUCUGAAGCAAGCGGCAGCGGUAACUCUGCUACCUCUGGUGCCUCUGGUGCCUCUGGUGCUUCCGGCGCAUCUUCCUCUGCUCCAACCAGUACUUCCGGUGCUUCAUCUUCCGAAGCAAGCGGCAGUGGUAACUCUGCUACCUCUGGAAUUGUCAGUGCUUCAUCUGCUCCAAGCGGCAAUGGUAACUCUGCUACCUCUGGUGCCUCUGGUGCCUCUGGUGCUUCCGGCGCAUCUUCCUCUGCUCCAAGCAGUGGUGCUUCCGGUGCUUCAUCUUCCGAAGCAAGCGGCAGUGGUAACUCUGCUACCUCUGGUGCUUCCUCUGUUCCAAGCGGCAGCGGUAACUCUGCUACCUCUGGAAUUGUCAGUACUUCAUCUGCUCCAAGCGGCAGCGGUAACUCUGCUACUUCCGGCGCUUCAACCUCUGCUCCAAGCAGCGGUGCAUCUGGUGCUUCAUCUGCUUCAAGCAGUGGCGCUUCCGGUGCUCCAUCUUCUGAAGCAAGCGGCAGUGGUAACUCUCCUACCUCUGGUACUGUCAGUGCUUCAUCUUAUGGUUCACCCGGCGGAUCGAACCGUUCAACUACAGUACUAAGCACUUCAACCGGAGCUGCUGCUGGAACAACUAGCAGUUCCUCCACAGGUCCAUCCUCUGGAUCAGGCAGUGGUGCUAACUCUACCGCCUCUGGUUCAAACGGCAAUGGUUCUAACGGUAAUGGUUCCAACGGUGCAUCCUCUGUUCCAAACACUUCCACUGGUGCUGCUAACUCUGCCACCUCUGGUUCAAACGGCAAUGGUUCCAACGGUAAUGGCUCUAACGGUGCAUCCUCUGUUCCAAGUACUUCCACUGGCGCUGCCGCUGGUUCAACUAGCGGUGCCUCUACUGGCCCAUCCUCUGGAUCAGGCAGUGGUGCUAACUCUACCGCCUCUGGUUCAAACGGCAAUGGUUCCAACGGUGCAUCCUCUGUUCCAAACACCUCCACUGGCGCUGCCGCUGGUUCAACUGGCGGUGCCUCCACUGGCCCAUCCUCUGGAUCGAAUGGCAACGGUUCCAAUACUAAUGGUAAUGGUUCCGGUUCAUCUUCUGGUUCACCUUCUAGUUCUAAUGGCAAUGGUUCCCAUGGCUCCACUUCGGGUCCAAUCUACAGCGCUAACUCAACCACUUCGGGGUCUCCUUCUGGAUCAAGUGGUAAUGGUUCUAACGGUUCGACUUCUGUUCCAAACACUACCACCGGUUCUUCUGGUUCAACCAGUGGUGCCUCCAGUGGUAAUGGUUCCGGUUCUGGCUCCAAUGAAAAUGGUUCUGGUUCCAACGGUAAUGGUUCCGGUUCUGGCUCCAAUGAAAAUGGUUCUGGUUCAGGCUCUAACGGCAAUGGUUCAGGCUCCAAUGAAAAUGGCUCUGGCUCCAACGGCAACGGUUCAGGCUCUGGCUCUAGCGGCAACGGUUCCGGUUCUGGCUCCAAUGAAAAUGGUUCUGGUUCCAACGGUAAUGGUUCAGGCUCUAACAGCAAUGGCUCUGGCUCCAACGGUAAUGGUUCCGGUUCUGGCUCCAAUGAAAAUGGUUCUGGUUCCAACGGUAAUGGUUCAGGCUCUGGUUCAGGCUCUAACGGCAAUGGUUCCGGCUCAGGUUCUAACGGCAACGGCUCUGGCUCCAAUGAAAAUGGUUCUGGUUCUGGUUCUGGUUCAAACACAGUCCCAAUUACCACCAUCCCAGGUACUACUAUUCCAGGUAGCACCGUCCCAGCAAGAACCGUCCCAGGUACUACCAUCCCAAGUAGCACCGUCCCAGCAAGUACUCUCCCAGCAAGUACUGUUCCAGGCACCACCAUCCCAGGUAGCAUCGUCCCAGGUAGCACCAUUCCAGGUACUACUAUCCCAAGUUGCACCGUCUCAGGUAACAUUGUCCCAGGUACUACUAUUCCUGCAAGCACCGUCCCAGAAAGUACCGUCCCAGGUACUACCAUCCCAGGUAGCACUGUCCCAGCAAGUAUCGUCCCAGGCAGCGUGGCUCCAGGUACUACAAUCCCAAGUAGCGUCAUUCCAGGUAGCACUGUCCCAGGUACUACUAUCCCAGCUAAAACUGUUGUAGGUGGUGCAGGUGCUCCAUCUACUAUCACAGUUUCCGGUACAGCUGCAGGUGCUAAUGGCGUUACAGGUACUUCUGGCACUGGUAACAACAACGGUGGUAACAACGGUGGUAACAACAACGGUGUUAACGGCGAACAAACUCCACAAGUUCAAACCAUCACUAGAACUGUCCAACCAACCGGUGGUCAAACAACCCCACAAGUUCAAACCAUCAUCACCACCAUUCAACCAACCGGUGGCAACAACGCUGGCAAUGGUGCUAACAACAACGGUGCUAACGGCGAACCAACUCCACAAGUUCAAACCAUCACUAGAACCGCCCAACCAACCGGUGGUAGCAACGGUAACAACAACGGUGGUAACACUGUCCCAGUGUCCGUCUCCGUCUCCGUCCAAACUGUAACUCAAGUUCAAACUCAAACCGUCACUGAAACUGUUUCUGGUAACUGUGUCUGUCCAACUGGUACAGCUGCAGCCGCCACUCCUUUAGUCUCCAACUCAGGGUACUCUAACAACACUUUACCUGUAAAGAGAGAAGCACCAAUCGUUAAGCCUGUUGGUAAAGACAUCACUGCCCUACCAACGGUUGCUCCUCAAACCGUCUUUCAGGGCUCAGCUGGAAGAUUGGUGAACCCAGUCAACGGACUCUUGUUGAGUCUAUUGACUUUAUUGCCUUUCUUCUUCUAA